GCAAGAAGUAUUCACGUCCUUAUAUAUACGACUAGCAAUUCAUAAUAUAUAUUGUACAUUUCUUAUUUCGUUCUAGCUAUGGAAUUACAAAAAUAUAUUUGUCUACUACUUAUCUGUGCAUUGGGUGUUUUAGUGCAUGGAAGUUGUAUCGAGAGUGAGAAACGAGCUUUAUUGAUCUUUAUAAAAGCUCUGAUCGACAACUCGAAUUACUUAUCUUCAUGGGUCGGAGAUGAUUGUUGUGCAUGGCAGGGGAUUGGUUGCGACAACAUAACCAAUCACGUCACACGGAUUGAACUUCAAUAUGGUUUUUUGAGUGGUAAGAUUCUUCCUUCCUUGCUUGAUUUGAAGUAUCUGACUCACUUGGAUUUGAGUUCCAAUAGUUUUGAUGGGAUCCAAAUUCCAGAAUUUUUCGGGUCCUUCAAAAAUCUAAUAUAUCUCAACCUCAAUUACUCCAAUUUCGAAGGUUUGGUUCCUCAUCAUCUAGGAAACCUUUCAAACUUACAGUACCUUGACUUGAGUAACUAUGAUUAUUCAUGGGAUCUUAGAUUAAAGAUGGAUAGCAUGAGUUGGUUAUCUAAGCUUUCUUUGUUGAAGUACUUAGAUUUGUCUGGUGUAAAUCUUUCUAGCGUAAUUGAUUGGUUUCCGUCUUUAAACAUGCUUUCCACAUCAAUAUCGGUUCUUCAUCUAUCAAAUUGUCACCUAUCCAACAAUGUCCCUAGUCAUCUCCCUUCUAUGAAUCUUAUUUCUCUUGUUUCAAUUGAUUUUUCGCGUAAUGAUCUUAGGUCUUCUUUUCCUCUGUGGGUUCUUAAUAAUAGUAACCUUGCUCAUCUUUCUCUUAGAGCUAACAAUUUUUAUGGCCUAAUACCUGAGUCUAUCGGAAGUUUGUCUAGUCUUACUCUUCUUGAUCUUUCAGAAAAUAGCUUCCAAGGUUCGGUUCCUCAAUCUAUCACUAAUUUGACAUCACUUUCUACGCUUGCUCUAGCGUUCAAUAAAUUAAGUGAUUCAAUUUCACCGGAGAUAGGCAAUCUCACUGAGCUUACAAGCUUCUUCAUCGCGUUUAAUGAUUUUAGAGGUAGUCUCCCUGAAACAUUUUGUCGAUUGAAAAAAUUAGAAUCAUUGGAUGUCGGAGACAAUCAACUUACUGGACACAUUCCUAAAUGCAUAGGAAAACUAUCAAAUCUGAAUGAGUUAAAUCUUUGUGAUAAUUCAUGGGAGGGUUUUGUAACAGAAGAUCACUUUAUUAACCUCACGAAGCUGAAUUCCUUAUGUAUUUCUUCACAUUCUAAAUUGAUUUCACGUAUAAGCUCUGAAUGGGUUCCUCUGUUUCAGCUUGAGUAUUUGUACAUGUAUUCCUUAAAAGUUGGCCCCAAAUUUCCGCAUUGGCUCCUCACUCAAAGAAAAAUCCAGGGUUUGAUAUUGUCAAAUGCAAGCAUAUCAGAUACUAUCCCAAUUGAUUGGUUUUUGAGUUUGUUCUCUUCGAGUCCUAAUGUUGAUCUAUCUGACAAUGACAUCUUUGGGGAUCAAUUAUCUCUAAUUUCGCGAGCUCCAAAUGGUUUAGGCGCGUUGAUACUUUCAAAUAACCGUUUAUCGGGUGAACUUCCUGCAUUUUUAUGCAGUCAGACGACGUUGAGGACUUUAGACCUCUCCCACAAUAAAUUCUCUGGAGAGCUCCCCCUCUGUUUAGGGAAUCUGACAGAACUGAUAGAACUAGAUUUAAUGAAUAAUAGCCUAUCUGGUAAAAUUCCGUCUUUGGGUGUUUUACGGGGUCUCCAAUAUAUAAACUUGCACAACAACAAGUUUCAAGGGAAACUUCCUUUGUCCUUCCAGAAUUUGACGGAGCUGUUUGUACUUGACGUGGGAAAGAAUAACCUGAGCGGUGUACUUCCCACUUGGUCCGCAGAGCAAUUACCAAAUCUCAAGUAUUUGAUAUUGCGGUCCAACAAUUUCUAUGGUGCAAUACCCACACAGCUUUGCCACCACUCGACGAUUGAAGUUUUAAAUUUUGCAGACAACCAAAUCAAAGGAAACAUUCCUGCUUGUUUUGGCAAUUUCAGUGCCAUGGUUACGGGUGACAUCACUCCGAAUCACUUGGACUAUUGGGGAAGUGUUCAAAUGAUGGAUAGUAUGAAAGGAUAUGAGCAAGUUUACACCUCGACGCUACAGUUUUUGUUUUCCAUUGAUUUAUCAAACAACAAAAUCAGUGGAGAGAUUCCCAAAGAGUUGAUGGAUCUCCAAGGACUAUUAAAUUUGAAUUUGGCGGGUAAUCAUCUAGCUGGAAAGAUUCCCGAGGAGAUUGGAAAACUGAAAAAUUUAAUAUUUCUUGAUCUUUCAAGAAAUGAGCUUCAUGGUCCUAUUCCACAAAGUUUGGCAUAUUUAAACUUUUUAAGCCAAUUGAAUCUCUCUUUCAAUGAUUUAUCAGGAAGAAUUCCCUCUGGAAAUCAGCUUCAGACCCUUAACGAUCCCUCCAUCUAUGCUGGCAACGAGCAACUCUGUGGCCAUCCUAUCCUGAAACCAUGCGCCACUGACACAGAUUCACAUAUUGUUGAAGACCAUAAUGAAGUUGAUACUGAUCUCGAUUCAGAUGAUGAGCACAUGUGGUUAUUUGCUGGACUUGGACCUGGUUUCUCAGUUGGCUUUUUGGGAUUUUGUUUAACUUUGCAUUUUUCAAAAAUUGGUAUUCAUGUUUCUAAUUUGGCAAACAGGUUCUUGGGAAGAUAGAGGUAGUCAUCGUGCAGUGCAGAGGGAACAGGCUGAACAAUCAGUGAAAGAAACAUAUCCUUGCCUUUACCAUCUUGACCAGCAUAUCCAUCACUAUCGUAGUAAAUGGAAUGAGCUGAUCUAGCAAUAUUUAACAUAAUCUCAACAAAAGGGCUUGACAAUGGCAUGUCCUGAACUCGACAAGCAAUUAUCUCUUUCCAUUUCUUCCUCAUUAAGGCCCUCAUUUCAGCUCGCGCAGCUUCUUCACUAGUUCCGUUAUGGAACAUAUGGCACUGGAUUGACUUGGGAACGUCUCCUCUCGCUAUCUCAUCCUAAACAAUAUCAUUGUUGUGAACUACUGUUAAUUAAGAUAGUUUAAUGUAUAUAGAUAACGGUGUUUAUGUUAAUGAUGAUGCUUUUCAUACCGA